AUGUCGGCCAUAGUCGAGACUAGAGCAUUUACAGCACCACAUGAGAGGUUAGAAAAUUCGUCUCAACCCGCGAAGACUAUACCUAGUCGGCUUCUAUACACUGUCGACGACUUGAUUUACAACCGAAGUCAGACUAUUCCAGAUGUCCCUCUAUUAGCAUAUCCCGGUAGCCUGAAGGGUCGAUCGGACUAUGUUCAUUACACGGCGAGGGAUCUUGAUCGAUUCGCUGACCAUGGUGCAAAUGCGUACUCAUCACUUGGUCUCAUUCCCAGUUUGUCAAAAAGUCCUGUUGCAGAAGUCGUUGCGCUUUUAGCACCGUCAAAUCUUGAUUACGUCGCUACCAUCUUUGCCUUAUCACGCCUGGGUUUCGCAGUUCUGUUGCUUUCUAAUCGAUUAGCACCAGAAGCAUACAUCUCUCUUCUGGAAAAGACAAAAUGUAAGCGAGUUGUCAGUUCAGAUAAUCACCAAGACGUUAUCAAAUUGAUUCAAGUUGAGCUGGAAGUAUCUCAGUAUCCCUUGCUGAGACAGUCCCAAUAUGAUAUCAAAGCUCCGUUGACCCCACGAUUUCCUCGAUCUGUGGGAACUGCCUUGGAUUCAACGCGUAAUUCAUUCAUAAUCCAUUCAUCGGGUUCAACAGGGCUUCCAAAACCAAUCUUUCAAACACAUGCGGCUUGUCUAUCCAACUACUCCAACAGUUUCGGUUACCGGGCAUUUUUGACAUUGCCUCUGUAUCAUAACCACGGAUUAUCAUCAUUCUUUAGAGCGAUCCACUCAGCAAAGGAGAUUUCUAUGUUCAAUGCCAACCUGCCAUUGACGGGAAAGAAUUUGAUCGAAGGAAUGGCUGCAGUAAAACCUGAAAGUUUUCAUGGUGUACCUUACGCUUUGAAGCUACUCGCGGAGUCCGAAAGUGGAAUCGAGGCUCUGAGAAGAUGCAAAUUAGUCUUGUUUGGGGGAAGUAGCUGCCCGGAUGAUCUUGGAGACCGCUUGACACAAGCUGGAGUUUACUUAGUUGGUCAUUACGGCGCUACCGAGAUAGGGCAGCUCAUGACUUCUUUUCGUCCACGAGAAGAUACAGCAUGGAACUAUGUCAGACCUUUACCAUCAUGUGUACCAUACAUUCAAAUGGUGCAACAAUCAGAGAACACAUUCGAAUGUGUGGUAUUAGAUGGUUUACCGUCAAAAGUCACCUCAAAUUCUCAAAGUCCUCCAAAUUCGUUCAAAACGAGUGAUUUGUUUACCCCUCAUCCUUCAAUACCAAAUGCAUGGAAAUAUCUUGGACGGUUAGAUGAUCGUGUUACGCUUGUCAAUGGCGAAAAAGUCCUCCCGAUCACAUACGAGCAUCAGAUUAGAGAGCAUGAAUUAGUAAGAGAAGCGUGCGUGUUUGGCGUUGGCCGAGCAUUUCCUGGGUUGAUCGUCGUUCCAAGCGAGAAAGCAACCAGCAUAGGUAAAAAAGCAUUGCUAGAAAGGCUCUGGCCAGUGGUAGUUGCCGCAAACUCAAGAGUGGAGAAAUUCAGUCAGAUUUCGAAGGAAAUGGUUCAUAUUCUAAACGCUGGUGUUGAUUAUCCCUGCACAGAUAAAGGAACCAUGAUUCGACCUGCUUUCUACAAAAAGUUCGAAGAUCUCAUAGAUUCUAUGUACCAGAGCUUUGAGACACCACUAGAUUGUUUGAAAGGUACUCUCCAAUUGGGUAGAGAACAGUUAGAAGACUUCCUACUUGGUGUCUUCGCAGAACGAGUUGGGAUCCAGCAUCUCAAAAGAGAUACUGAUUUCUUCGAGGCAGGCGUUGAUAGUUUGCAAGCGAUUGCAGUUCGAGGUAUUAUUUUGCGCGAGUUGGAUCUGGCCUCUGCAGUACCGAGUCAGAAUGUGGUUUUUGAGUUUCCGAGUGUGCAAGACUUAGCUGAACACUUAGAUUCUCUUCGAAAAGGCGAGGUAUUAGAGCAGAAGGAUGAGAUCAAAAUAAUGGAGGAAUUGAUUCAAAAAUACUCUCAUUUUGAAAAACAUGUCCCAGGUUCCAGGAUCGUGGACGGGGAAACCAUUAUCUUGACUGGUGCUACCGGCUCACUUGGGGCACAUGUUCUCUCUCAGCUCGUAGAAAAAAACUUCGUCAAAGCAGUAUAUUGUCUUGUCCGAGCUAGGGAUCGAAGACAAGCAGAGGAAAGAGUCAGAAAUACUCUUUCCGCCAAGAAAUUAUCGCCAAAAUCAUUCUCAAAGAUUCAUUGUCUUUCAUCAGAUCUCAGCAACACAAAUCUUGGCCUCGACACCACCUUAAUUCAAACCUUGCGAGAUAAUCUUACAACAGUGAUUCAUUGUGCCUGGGCUGUAAACUUCAAUCUGGGCGUCCAAAGCUUCGAGUCGCAUCACAUCAAAGGAACUGUGAACCUCUUGAAUUUGUGCCUCACUGUCCGCAUGCCCUUUCCCGCAAAGUUAUUCUUCUGUUCUUCCAUAUCAGCGGCAGCAGGUACUCCUUUGCCUGCGACGAUUGAGGAAACGUACAUUACAAAUCUGAAUUAUGCUCAAAAUAUGGGAUACGCUCGGUCAAAGUUAGUCACUGAAACUGUGAUCGGAGAAGCUGCGAGACAGACUGGAAUGCUGGCAAAGGUUUUGAGAGUUGGUCAGAUUGUUGGAGAUACAAUGGAAGGGCUGUGGAAUAGUACAGAGGCCAUCUCACUGAUGAUAAGAAGUGCUACAACACUUCAUGCUCUACCGGCCCUAGAUGAGACACCUUCCUGGUUACCUGUUGAUAUUGUUGCAAAAGCUGUUCUGGAGAUCGCUGGCCUCGAGAACUAUUCACCAGAUGUAUCUAUGCAUGAACCGGACUCAAAAGACAUUGUCUACCAUGUACAAAACUCACACACUUUCUCCUGGACCAAUGACCUUCUUCCUGCUUUACAUGCAGCGGGAUUAGAGUUUGAUAUUGUCAAUCAAAGAGAAUGGAUUAAGCUACUCAGGGAGAGCGAACAGGAUCCAGAUAAGAACCCAACGAUAAAACUUUUGGAUUUCUUCACUGAAAAAUAUGAUAAUGACAAACCUGGUCGACAGGGACUUGUCUUCAAAACGGAGAAGACGGGUUCAAAGUCCGUGGCUAUUAAGAAUGGUUGCGACAUUGUGGGGAGUGGGCUGGUCAAGAAAUUUAUCGAUAGUUGGAGAAAGGAGUGGUGA